UUUAUUUGUCAACCAAAAUUAUAUAUAUACAUCAUGAACAUGUAUAUAAUAACCAAAGCAUCAAACACACACCUUGAUACAAUUACCAUGUUGUUAUCUCAAGCUCCACCAGAGAAACUUCCCAACCUUUUGACCUUUCUAUCUCCGAGUCUCUCUACCCACGUCGUUGAUGACGAGAUAUGGAAAGGGCAGCAGCAGUGACACAGAUUUUUCAUGCACAAGACUUACUAUAUCUUGACUGAUAUGUUGAUCCAAAAUAAUCUUUAAUAAUUUGAAGUACGUAGCCAGCCAGCCCCCUAAUAAUAAUUCUUUGAUUGAAUAGAACCCAACCCAACCAGCUUGCUAUAAAGCAGAGCAGCAGCCUUCCCACUUCAUCCACCACCCACACAACACACCUGAAACCACCCUGUCUUUCUUACCAUGAAGAAGAACGUCCCAAUUCUUACUACUCAACUUUACCUUUCCUUGUUUCUCCACAUUAUCACCGGCCUACUCGUGGCGGCUAGAGAUUCACCACCUAUCUACACUCCGGUGGAAGAUAUCACGGUUAAAUGUGGCUAUUCCGGCAACUUAUUAAAUGAAUAUGAUGAACGACAUUGGCACGGAGACAUCAACUCAAACUUUUCCCCCACAACUGGCAGUGACACAUCCAUGUUCAGAGAAGUACCUCAUUCGUACACCGUCCACCAAGUGGCUUACACCACAGCGCGCCUUUCGCGCUCUGAAUUUACUUACAGUUUUAAACUCACUUCCGGCCAAAAGUUCAUCCGCUUGUAUUUCAACCCAGUUUCAUAUGGUCCUGACUUUGACCGAUCUAAAGCCCUCUUCUCAGUCAAAGCCAGUGGCUUUACCCUUCUCCACGACUUCAACACUUCAGUCACUGCCGAUGCGUACGGAACAGAGACGAUAUACAGAGAGUUCUGUCUCAACGUGGAGUCAUCAGAACAGAGCUUGAACAUCACCUUCACUCCGAGUCCGAGACUAGCAAGCCCAGAUGCGUAUGCGUUUAUCAACGGCAUUGAAAUUGUAUCCAUGCCCACCAAUCUUUACUUCACUGCAGCCCAAAGAUUUGGGGUAGGACUCGUAGGAAACAACUUCAAUUUUCACAUCGAAAACAACUCUGCUCUGGAGACGGUGUACCGAAUAAACGUUGGUGGAAAGUCAUUAUUUUUCAGUGAAGACACUGGCAUGUAUCGCAACUGGGGAAGCGAGCAAGAAGAGCCCAAGUACUUAGAUGAUUUAAGCAUUGAGUUUAGUGUUUUACCACAAAACACUAGUAUUGAACUCGACUUUGCCGGAAUAGCAGAGUACUAUGCUCCAAAAGAAGUUUACCAAACGGGCCGGUCUAUGGGCAUGAACAAGACCAUAAACAAGAGCUAUAAUCUCACUUGGAAUUUUCCAGUUGAUCCCAAGUUUUAUUACCUGGUUAGGCUUCAUUUCUGCGAGUUUGAACCUGACAUUGUCCAACCCAGAGACCGAAACUUUCUAAUCAACAUAGCCAACGUUGUCGCUGAAGAAGAAGCGGAUAUCAUCAUGUGGAGUGGCGGAAAUGGGAGACCAGUGUACCGUGACUACCUUGUGUUCGUGACAUGCCCUGCAACUUCAGAAAGCCAGAGGAAAGUAAAUCUCUCCAUAGCACUGCGAGCAAACCCUUAUGAUUUUAUGACGAAUUUCAACGAUGCAAUCUUGAAUGGGCUCGAAAUAUUCAAAUUAAAUGACACAAAUAGCAAUCUCGCCGGACACAACCCAAACCCACCUCCUAUGUUGACCCCAAAAAAGGCGUUGUCGCCAAGCCCAGAGAGAACCAACACCGAGUUAACGCGGACUCCUAUGCUUGCCAUUAUCGCCGGUGUAGUUUCCACCGUCACAAUUGUAAUGUUUCUUGGGUUAAUCUUGGUUUUCAAGCAACAACAGAAACUCAAAGACUCCUGGUACUCCAGCAACAGAACAACCAACUCAUCUUUACCGUCCGCUUUGUGUCACUACUUUUCCCUGGCGAAGAUUAAAGCCGCCACCCGAAACUUCAACGAUAUUUGUAUUAUUGGGCGCGGUGGGUUUGGCAAUGUGUAUAAAGGGUACAUCGAUGGUAGGGCUACUCCCGUUGCAAUCAAACGGUUGAAACCCGAGUCCUCGCAAGGGGCCCACGAGUUCAAGACGGAGAUCGAGAUGCUCUCCCAAUUACGUCACCGUCAUUUGGUGUCGUUGAUUGGAUAUUGUGUGGAUGAAAGUGAGAUGAUCUUAGUGUAUGAUUUCAUGGACCGUGGGACCCUUAGUGACCAUCUCUACCACAAAGAUAACCCAUCUCUUCUCUGGGAGCAACGGCUUGAGAUCUGUAUCGGGGCAGCGCGUGGGCUGCAUUACCUUCACACGGGAGCAAUGUGCACAAUCAUUCACCGUGACGUGAAGAGCACCAACAUCUUGUUGGAAGAGAAAUGGAUCGCUAAGGUUUCUGAUUUCGGGUUGUCAAAAAUGGGCGCCACCACCAUGUCUAACGCCUACAUCAGCACGGUGGUGAAGGGUAGUUUUGGGUAUCUAGACCCGGAAUACUAUCGUCGUCAGCAGCUGAGUGUGAAGUCUGACGUGUACUCCUUCGGUGUAGUAUUAUGCGAGGUAUUGUGUGGAAGGCCAGCAGUUAUGCGUAUGGUAGAGAGGAGGCAGAUGAGCCUGGCUGAAUGGGCCAAGACUUGUCAUCGCAAUGGGACACUUAAUGAAAUCGUUGACCCAUGCUUGAAGGGCAAGGUCGCAAGCCUUUGCUUUAAUAAAUUCGUUGAGAUUGCGAUGAGUUGCAUGCAUGAUAAUGGGAUUGAACGGCCGUCGAUGGCUGACGUUGUGAGGGAGCUUGAAUUUUCAAUAUUGUUGAAAACAAUAUUUGUGAAGAUGAGGUUGCCUUCAUCAAAGACAAGGAGGGUUCUGGUGAAAGUGAGCAAAGUUGUGCGACCGACGAAUUCAUUAAGGGAUAUUGAGAGGUUAGAAAAUGAUGCACAAGAAGUUCUCCGAGAACUUGCAAUGCUUAUGCUCUCAUUUCCUUUAUUUUUAUAUUUUGCAAGAGGGCCCCCUUUAACAUCAAUUCUUGGCUCUGUCACUGACAACGAGAAAGGAAAUUCGAACUCGGGUAUAGAGUGGAGAACAGCAGCUUCCUUUGUUUCUCUUACAAUCAUGAAGAAUCCAAGCAGCAAACACCUUCAUAAAUCAGUAACCAUGAAACCCUUUCUCACUCCUCUGUUCCUUCCCCUGUUUCUGCACAUCAUCACCGUGCACGUGGCCGGUGAUACUUCUCCUAUCUACAAUCCGGUGGACGAUAUCACCCUUCAAUGUGGCUUUUCCGGCGACCAACUCAAUCCAGCCGACACCAGAACUUGGACUGGAGACAUCAACUCAAAGUUUUCCCCCUUUGAAAACCAAGCAUCUGGCAGGCCCUCCAUAUCCACACAAGCACCUUCUUCCUCCUCUGUACCUUACAGCACCGCGAGGCUUUCUCUCUCUGAAUUUACAUACAGAUUUCCAGUCACCACCGGCCAAAAGUUCAUCCGUUUGUAUUUCAACCCAGCUUCAUAUGGCCCUGACUUCGACCGAUCCAAAGCCCUCUUCUCAGUCAAAGCCGGUGGCUUUACCCUUCUCAAAGACUUCAACUCUUCAGUCACUGCGGAUGCUUCUGAGUCUGAUACAAUAUACAGAGAAUUCUGUCUCAACGUUGAGUCAGAACAGAGCUUGAACAUCACUUUCAUGCCAAGCAGAGCAACUGCAGAUGCGUAUGCGUUUAUCAAUGGAAUUGAAAUUGUGUCCAUGCCCAACAAUCUUUACUACACCUCUGCUCAAAAUUCAGAUGGAGUUAAUUAUAUAGGCAGCGGAAACACAUUUCGGAUCGAAAAUGACACUGCGCUGGAGAUGAUGUACCGAUUCAACGUCGGUGGAAGAUCACUGUUUUUCAAUCUGGACACUGGUAUGUACCGAAAGUGGUACGGCGAGCAAGAUGAGAACAAGUACUUAGACUAUUUAAGUUUAAAGUUUAGUGUUUUACCGCAAAACAGUAGCAUUGAACUCAAGUUGACUGAAAUAGCAAAGUACUGUGCUCCAGAAGAACUUUACCAUACUGGCCGGUCAAUGGGCAAAAACAAGACCAUAAACAAGACCUAUAAUCUCACCUGGGAGUUCCCUGUCGAUCCCAAGUUUUUUUACCUGCUUAGGCUUCAUUUUUGUGAGUUUGAACCUGGUAUUACCAAGCCCAGAGACCGACAGUUUCAGAUCUACAUCGCCAAUCAAACAGCUGAAGAAGCCUGGGACAUUUUCUCGCGGAGUAGUGGAAAUGGAAGACCAAUUUACAAGGACUACGUUGUGUUCAUGCCUGCAGGCCCUGGAAGCCAGAAGACAGUUAAUCUCUCUCUCGCACUGCAAGCAAACCCAAAAGAUUUUAUGACCAAGUUCAACGAUGCAAUCUUGAGUGGGCUCGAGAUCUUCAAACUCAGUGACACUAGUCGGAAUCUUGCCGGACCCAAUCCCGACCCACCUCCUCUAACCCCACCAAAGAUGUCUCCUAAAAUUUCGAAGAAGAGUUCGACUUCUCUGAUUGCCAUCGUCGCCGGUGUAGUUUCCGGCGUACUUGUUUUAGUCUCCGUUGUCGGAAUCUUCUUGGCUUUCAGGCGAGGAGGAAAAGUCAAGGACUCAAGCUCCAGCCACGGAACAAAGUGGGGUCCAUUUUCUUUUUCGACGAACAAGUCAACCAAGAGUCGUAGCUCGUCUCUACCGUCGGAUCUGUGUCGUUACUUCUCACUGGCUGAGAUCAAAGCCGCCACCCAAAACUUCAAUAGUGUUUUCAUUAUUGGCGUUGGUGGGUUCGGCCACGUGUACAAAGGGAACAUCAACGUUGACGGUGGCGCCACCUCCGUUGCGAUCAAACGGCUGAAACCAGAGUCAUCGCAAGGGGCCCUUGAGUUCAAGACGGAGAUCGAGAUGCUUUCGCAGCUCCGCCACAACCAUUUGGUGCCGCUCAUCGGGUAUUGUACGGAUGAAGGCGAGAUGAUCUUGGUGUAUGAUUACAUGGCACGUGGGACCCUCCGCGACCAUCUCUAUCACACUGAUAAUCCACCUCUUGCAUGGGAUCAAAGGCUUCAGAUUUGUAUUGGCGCGGCACGUGGGCUGCACUAUCUUCACACUGGCGCGAAGUACACGAUUAUUCACCGUGAUGUGAAGAGCACGAACAUCUUAUUGGACGAGAAAUGGGUGGCUAAGGUUUCGGAUUUCGGGCUCUCGAAAAUGGGCUCCACCACCGUGUCCAAGACCCAUAUCAGCACGGUAGUGAAGGGUAGUUUCGGGUAUUUGGACCCGGAAUAUUAUCGUCGUCAACAGCUGACGGAGAAGUCUGAUGUGUACUCAUUUGGCGUAGUGUUGUGUGAGGUAUUGUGCGCGAGGCCGGCUUUGAUCCGUACAGUAGAGAAGAAGCAAAUGAGCUUGGCUGAGUGGACCAAAGUUUGUCAUCGGAAUGGGAAAAUUGAUCAGAUCAUUGAUCCAAGCUUGAGGGGUAAGAUUGGAAAUGCAUGUUUGAAUAAGUACGUUGAGAUCGCGGUGAGUUGCAUCCAAGAUAAUGGGAUUGAACGGCCGUCGAUGAAUGACGUGGUGUGGGGGCUUGAGUUUGCAUUGCAGCUUCAACAGAGCGGAGGAGGAGUUUUGAAUUUGAGCGAGGAGAAGAAGGGUGAAGAUGAGGAGUCAUUAAUGAAUGCUGCAAGUGAUGCAGGGUUUAGUUGUAGCUGGGAAGACUCGUCAUCGGAGUCGAAGGUUAGUAGGGUGACCAAGAGUAGUAGUGAUCACAAUUCUUCAACCAACAAGUCUAUGAAAGGAAUGUCUGGGACAGUCUUCUCUGAGAUUAACGAUCCCAAUGGAAGAUGAUUGCUCAACAAUUUUUUAAUGGAAUUCAUGUAUAUGUAUGAUAGUAUAUAUGCUACAAUUUGCAACUCAAUUUGUAACUUUGUUGUUUCUUAAAUUCCGUGAACUUAAAACUUUCUUGCAAUUGGUGUUUUUAUUUUAUUUUUUUAUUUUUAAAAAUUUUAUACAAAACAUUAAUGUAUUUGUGUGAUAGUCUUGUGACAUUAUAUAAAGUGAGCAUCGUUAUUAACAAA